AUGCCACCACCGCCAGAUCUAUCCCGCCACGUCCUCCCAGACGCAGAGGCACGGGAGAUCUUCACCAGCAAGAUCCUCCCCGCCGACCUCCCCGCGACCCUCACCCCGCACCCCCGCCGGUCCCGGCCCCUGGCCGUGCUGAUAGUCGGCCAGACCGGCGCCGGCAAAACCCGCUUGGCGCCCGCCGUGCUCGACGCCAUGACCCGCAUCCACCCGCCCGCCCACCUCAUCGCCGACCUCUACAAGGCGCACCACCCUUCCUACGCCGCGCUCGUCGCGUCCAAGGACCCGUCGCAGGCCGCCCUCGCGAGCCCCGCCACGGGCACCGACGCCCGGCGGUGGCUGGCCAUGGCCGUCGCCGAGGCCGUGGGGCGCAGGCUCGACGUGCUUCUCGAGAGCGCGUGCCGGCACCCGGAUGAUUUCCGCGAGCUGGCGCGCGCGCUUGGGGCGGGGGGUUACCGCGUCGAGGUCGUCGUCAUGGCUGUGCCGGCGGCGCUGAGCAGGUUGGGCAUCCUGCACCGGUUUCACGAGAGGUUGCCCGAGGCCGGGCCGGCGGGGGGUCUGCCGAUCCGGCUUACGCCGGUCAAGAUCCACGACGAUUCGUAUGGGGGGUUGAUGAGCGUGGCCGAGUGGAUCGACGAGGUGGAUUUCGUGGACCAGGUGCUGGUCGUGCGGAGGGGGAACCUGGUUGCGUUUGCUGACGAGAAGACGACGACGACGACGACGACGGCAGGCGGGAAGUUGCGGGGCAAGGUUGCCGAGGCGGUGGAGAGGGAGCGGAGGCGGCCAUUGACCGGGGAGGAGAGGGCCGUCGUGGUGAGGGAUCUGGAGAAGCUGACGGCGCGGGAUGCGCGGUCGGGGGAGCUGGUUAUGGGGUUGCUUGAGCCGCUGUUGGUGGAUGAGGAGGAUAAGGCGUAUCCGGAGCUGCGGCCGUUGGUAUUUCCUCCUGGGGGGCCGAGGGAGGCGAUGCUCACUUUGGGGAAGAAGAGUGAUGGUCAGGCGGGCGAAAAGAAGAAGGGCGGUUCGGAUAAGAUGUCUGGUCAAAUAAACAACUCGCCCCCCCUCCCCUCGACCUGA